AUUUCGUAAAUUUGUCACUUGUACUACUUACAAAAUGAGCGCUAAAGUAAUAAAAAAAGGAACAACAAUUUUAACCGAGGAACCAUUCGCAUUUGUUCUUAACUCGAUACAUAGAACUACUCGAUGUGACAAUUGUUUCACGAGCGGAAAAGUAUUGAAAUGUUCGCGUUGUCAGUACGUACAUUACUGCGACCGCAAUUGUCAAAAAGAAUCAUGGCGUAAUGUGCACAAAGUAGAAUGUGCACGUCUGAAAAAAGUAUCUUUGGAACCGUUACUAGAUGAUGCCCGACUUAUGGCACGUAUAAUUAUCCAACUCAAUAAAGUUGGGGAUGACGUACCUGGCAUAUUAUUAUCCUCAUAUGAAUAUUUCACUGCGAAAAACUUCAGGACAUUUAAGGAUCUAAUGUCUCAUUAUUCGGACAUAAUAGUGGACAAGAAGCGAAUGGAACAUUUCAACAAGAUACACAAAAUUUUAUUCCAGUUACUCGAUGAAACACUCAUGCCUAAUACUUCGGAGUUAAUAAGUAUUUAUGGCAAGUUGUGUACUAACCGUUUUGGCAUAGUGAAUGAGUCUCUGAACGAUCUUGGUAUUGGCCUUUAUCUGGGAGCAUCUAUCAUGGAUCACAGUUGCAAACCUAACGCAAUCGCCUCUUUCAAAGGGACCACUGUCAUUGUCAGAACAUUAACGGAUCUCCCUUCUGUGGAUUGGUCACAGAUAAGAAUAACGUAUGUCAAUUUACUUAAUUCUAAUAAGGACAGACGCGAGGAACUGUACAAUUCGUACUAUUUCUGGUGUGAUUGUGAACGGUGCAAAGAAAAGGAACCAAUGGCCGCUUGUCCAAAUUCAUCGUGCGAUUGGCCAUGUUCGAUUGAAGAUGAUAAAUGCGAGAAGUGCAGCGCGAGAAUAUCUGCAGAAUUUAAGAAAAAUUUUCAAGAAGUUAUGGACUUUAUCGAAGAUUGUUUGGAAAAAAUGAAAACUACGACUUAUGUUAACGAUAAGUUGUCUUUGAGUAAAAAGUGUUUGGAGAAGCAGAAGAAUGUAAUGCAUAAAUUUAAUAUACAACAUGUCCGUACUCUCGAAAGGGCGUUUAUCACAGCAACGAACCAGUUAUAUUGGCAAGAUGUUGAAUUUUAUGGCAAGAAACUUGUGCCAGGAUAUAAAUUGUAUUUUGGAGAAGUACACUCUGACACAGGCAUGCUGUAUAUGUACAUAGGGAUGGCACAGCGACACUUAGGAAAAUCGAAUGAAGCGCUCGAAACAUUGAACAAAGCAAAAACAGUGUUAAAGAUAUCGUACGGUGAGAAGAACUCUUUCGUUAGCACUCAAAUGGCUACUAUGGAUGUUAUGGAGUCAUGUGCCAUCAAUUAAACUAUUUUUUGACAUAUUUAUUAAAUAAUAUAACAUUUGUCAUAAAAAUAUUAUUUGACACAAAGAGUACUUGCUGCAGCCGACAUAGGCUUUAUCUUUAUAUUUGAUAAAAAUAUCUCUUACAGAACAAUAUAAUAGAACAAAAUGUUAAAAAUGCAAUAGAAAAUAUCGGAUGUACAAAUUGCUAGAAACAAUUUAAAUAAAAAAUCUACAAAAGUAAA